UGGACACCCUGCCACCUUGCAUAAAAAAGCCUUGAUGUGGUGAUUGUUGAUGGCACUUUGCAUAAAUUCGCCUGGGCUUUAGCGUCGAAGCGAGACCGCCUGAAAAGCUUGUUAUGGAGUUCUACUUUAAGUAGCUGGCAAGUGUGUUAAAUUGACAAUUAUUGAUUUAAGAAGAUAGAUGGCACCCCCGCCAAUAAAACCAAAAUAAACUAAGAACGUCGUUGUGGAGGAAUUAUUUUGAGUAAAAAAAAUUUGGUUGCAAUUUUUCAUAGAAAAAUCGGAAACAAAAAUGGUUCACAUACCUGAGGUGUUGUUUUAUAGUCAUAAAAUUGAUUAAAUAGCGAAGGCGUAAGAAGGUUCGUUGUAUUACAUUUUAACAAAUUUUUAUAAAAAGGCAUAAAAAUAAGAAGGCUUACAACCAGGCAAUAGCUGCUAUAUCCAAGUCAGGCUCUUAGUACCAUUUGGGCCAAGGAAAUAGCGUUGAUAAUAAAGUGAGUAAGAUAAUGCUAGGGUCGCGCUGGUCGCUUUACCAAUACGAUUUGGACGAUUUGCGACGCACUAAUGCUACGGCGUUGAUUCUCGACCGCCAAUAUGGAAGCCUUGAUCGAUAUGUGCAACGGCGACUGCACGUAUCAUCUGCAUAUAUUGAUCGCCUCGAACAAGAGACAAUAUUACGGGGUCACCAAGGUUGCGUAAAUUGCCUUGAAUGGAGCAGCACUGGAAGUAUUUUAGCUUCUGGAUCAGAUGAUUUUUGCGUGAUGCUAUGGGAUCCAUUUCGAAAACGUUGUAUACGUAGCAUACCAACCAAACACUGUGGGAAUAUAUUUUCCGUUAAGUUUUUACCACGACACAAUGAUGCAUUGAUAGCGACUGGAGCAGCAGACAGAUUCAUAUAUGUGUUUGAUGUGAAUCGACAUAAUGAAGCAAUACUAAGCUGUAGCUGUCACGUAGCCCGCGUGAAACGAUUAGCAACGGCACCAGACUCACCUUUUGUGUUUUGGUCGGCUGGCGAAGAUGGUGCAAUAUUACAGCUAGACACUAGGGAGCAACACCGUUGUAGCGCAGAAGAAAAUCGUGUACGAUUGUUAAACCUUACCACCUAUGUAGAUACAAAUUCAGAGGCCAAAUGCCUAGCAAUAAAUCCACGUCGAACAGAACUGUUGGCAGUUGGUGCAAAUGACCCUUACGCCCGGAUCUAUGAUCGGCGCAUGCUUCAUCCAGUUUCGUCACACACUAGCGGAGGUAACGGCUUGCUUGUAAAUGGAGAUUCAAUAGAUGGAGCAAUACCUAAGGACUGCGUUACAUAUUAUUGCCCAGGUCACAUCAGUAAAGAGAAUUCUAAACUAAUCGAGCACGACUCUCGUGCCAUAACGUACCUUACCUUUAAUUCAUCCGGAACCGAGUUGCUGGUGAAUAUGGGUGGUGAACAUAUAUAUCUUUAUGACUUGCUGCAUGCAGAACAACCAGUGUUCCUGAGUUUGCCGGAAUACAAACCACCCCCAUCUAGUUCAGAUUCAGAUAUAGAAAUGACAAGCAUGCACCCACAAUAUAGUAGUAGUAUCGAAAAUCAAGGAGGCGAUGAAAACAGUGGAGCCUUGCAUAAUGCGGUUAGUCCAGGCGAUGCUACACAGUCCAGCAAUCGACGAAAAUUACCCGAAUACAUUGAACGCUAUAAGAAAAUGGGUAAUGAUUUUCUAGAAAAUGAGAAAUACUUGCGAGCUGUUGAAAAAUACUCCGAAGCGAUUGAAAUGGCCCCGAAUUGUUCAGUGCUCUAUCUGAACCGUGCAACCGCAUACAUGCGUCGCCUUUGGUUCGGCGAUGUAUAUGCUGCAUUGCGCGAUUGCCAUCAAGCGUUACGCCUCGAUCCAUCCUACAUUAAGGCACAUUUUCGCUUGGCACGUGCACUACUCGUGCUCGGCAGACCGCAAGAAGCCGAUGAGUGCCUAAAAGAGCUAAUCAUUCGUUUUCCCAGCUACGCAAAUAACCAUGGCAUCAUGAUGCUUCACAAAGAUAUCAAAGAAAAUCGGCAAAUGACACAAUCUCAGCAGCAGCAACAGCAUGUAAGUGAUCAACAACACUACAAUUGCUUAGAACGCACCGAUGCUGAAUAUCAAUGGCGAAGCAAAGCAAAGGACUAUAGUAAACGAUUCGUGGGCCACUGCAAUACUACAACAGACAUAAAAGAAGCUAAUUAUUUUGGGAAAGAUGGAGAAUAUAUUGUAGCUGGUUCUGAUAAUGAGAGCUUUUUUAUUUGGGAGCGUAAUACUGGAAAGAUACGAGCAAUCUAUAAGGCAGACGUCUCAAUUGUUAAUUGUGUGCAGCCGCAUCCAGAAAUUUGUUUGCUCGCCACCAGCGGCAUCGACCAUGACAUUAAAAUAUGGUCGCCAAUUGCAGCAUCGCCCGAUGAACGACCCAAUUUAGUAGAAUAUGUCGACAAGACUGUUGAAGACAAUCAACAAAAGAUGAAAAUGGAUCCGUUUAAUAUGAACGCAGGCAUGAAUGCAUUCUGCCUUAAUUCAUAAUAUGUGAUAGUUAUCGUUAUUGUAGUGGUGAACAAAAAUUCAACACAUGUGUGUCAGCAGUGCACGGGCCGGGUUCUAGAUUUCUCUGGACACGAUUUCAUUUGUCCAAUUCAUAGAUCCUGUAUUAUUUCCAAAACCUCUCGAAUUACAGUUUAUUUACUUCACCAAUUAAAAAUUAUAACUUUUUAAAUAUUUC